AUGAUUGUUGGAGUUGGCUUCAGGGAUGGGAACAGCACAAGAGACUAUGCCCCCCAGCCCACCCAGAGCACCCUCACAGCAGAGGUGGGCUGGGUGGAAGUCCUCAUCCCCUGCCUUCCCUUCAGUGUUACCAUGAAGGAAAGGCCCACGGAUCAGUCCCGGGAAGGGGGACGGAGAAGGGCCCCAUGUCCUGAGAUGGCUGAUGGAGGCGCCUUCUCAUAUGCUGGCUCCAGCUAUUCUCUGGGAGCAUUCCUAGGUCCUGUGAGGAGCCUCCUCGUCCAUUUGCAGACACACAAUCCUCAGCAGCCUCACCGGAAGCAGGAUGGGCCCCCUGACCACCUGGCUAUGGGCCUCUGGGGGAAUGGGUUUCUGAGCAGUCCGGUGCAAGCUCCUCACCGAGUCCCAGAACCCCUCGGAGAUCAUCGGCCCUCCCCACAAGGGCCCACAUCCCGUGCAAUGGAGGACCUGAGGCAGAUACCCUCCUGGAUAGGCCAUGCUGACCUCACAGUGGACCUUGACCUCAGGGACUAUGUUGGGAAUCAGGAGGCCCAGCCCCCAGCCUGGGAGGAGCUGUUGUCUGGACUGUGCCCCCCAGGUGGGUCUGGAGCAGGGCUGAUUGAAACCCCAUGGAGCCCUGUCCCAGGCACAGCGGUGUCAAAAGGAUGUCCACACCUGACCCUGGGUCAGCUUCCCCUCAAUCAGCCUCGGGGGCAGCUGGAGGAGGCCCAAGAGCCCAGGGCAGAAACUGUUCAGACCCCCCAUGGCCCUGGGGUCUCACUCACAGCCCCUAGUCCACUUGGUCCCCUGGGUCACUCCCGAGCCGCCAGCUGUCAGCCACGGACUCACCUAUUCUUCCUGAAAGUGCACAAGAGCGCCAGCAGUACUGUGGCCAACAUCCUAUUCCGCUUCGGGGAGAAGCACCAUCUCACCUUCGCCCUGCCUGCCAACCGUGCCCCCCAUUUCUCCUACCCACGCCACUUCUCAGCCCGAGAUGUGGAGGGUUUCUCUGGCAGUCUCGGUCCUCGCUUUGACAUCUUGUGCCAGCACCUGCGAUUCGAACCCACAGAGGUUCAGCGCGUCAUGCCCAGUGAUACCUUCUACUUCACCAUCCUGCGCGACCCCGCGCGCCUCCUGGAGUCUGCCUUCUCCUACUACAAGGCCAUGUCGCCCUUUUCCCGUGCCCGGAGCGUGGGUCACUUCCUGGACCACACCCGCACCUUCUACAACCCACUGCUGCCUGAUAGCCACUACGGCCGAAACCUCAUGGCCUUCGACCUGGGCUUCGACCACAACGCGCGGCCCACGCGCAGGCGCAUGGCCCGGAUGGUCCAGGAGGUGGCUGCGCGCUUCCACCUGGUGCUGAUCGCGGAGCACUGGGAGGAGUCCCUGGUAUUGCUGAGGGAUGCGCUGUGCUGGGAGCUGGACGACGUGGUGGCCUUCCCCGUCAACCGGCGCGCGGCUUACGCCCGCCAGCCGCUGGACCCUGGCACCGAGAGCAAGGCCCGCGCCUGGAACGCGCUCGACUGGGCACUCUACCAGCACUUCAACCGCACCUUGUGGACUCAGCUGCGCGCCCUGGGAGCUGAGCGCCUGCAGCGGGAGGUGGCCGCGCUCUGGCGGAGGCGGGAGCAGCUGGCUCACAUUUGCCUCCCGCACGGGGAGGGCGCGAUGCCGGGCGCCGUGAGGGACCCGCAGCUGGCGCCCCUGGACCACGGCCUGGCGCCCAUCCUGGGCUACGAGCUGAAACCUGGCCUUGACCCGGCCACGGAGCACACCUGUCGCGGCCUGGCCACCCCUGAGCUGCAGUUCGGCCAGCGCCUCUACCUGCAGCAGUUUCCUGAGAAGGCUCGCUGGCUGUCUAGGACGCAGCGGGAGUGCCCCCAGUCCUCACUAAAGCCUCCUGCAGGCCAGAUGCAUCAUUGUGCAGACCCAGGGCAAGAUGGAGAUGUGAACCUUGUUUAA